AUUGCGUUCGCUUCGGUCGACUCGUUCUUUGGCAGCGUCUGGGACACCUUCGUGCUCUUGUGGCUGCUCUUUGUCUCGGCUGUCUUUGCUCACAGCCACUUUGCGCACGACCGCCGCAGCGGCGAAGCCAAGCAGGAGAGUUUGCUCAUGCACGACUACCAAAAGCUCGACGUCCAAGCCAUGUAG